AUGUUAACAAACAUAGCUCUGGGCGCCUACACGUACAACAGCUCUGCUUAUUAUAUCAGUUAUUACGUCGUUCUAACUUCUUAUUGGGCUGUCGAUGGCAAAACUGGUUUGAACGACAGUUCAGUGUCAUGUUCUGUGACGGUUCCCGGGUUCGAACCCCACUGGAUCGGUGUCGAUAUGGGAAGUUUGUUUUCAAUCGUCUAUGUAAUUCUCUACGCUGGAACAAAUGAAACAUUUGCAACAACCAAGAACGAUUUGAACUUCUUCAUAGUGGGGGUGAGCAACAGGUCCCUGGAUGUUCACCCGCCAGUGAGAGGCACUUACGAUCUCUGUGCUCAAUAUCCAGGUGUGGUAGCUUCGAAGCAGGUGGUUCAGUUGAAUUGUUCCUCUACUACGCCUCCAGCCAGAUACGUCAUACUGCAACAACCUUCCAACUCUACUGGAUACAUGUCCGUCUGCGAAUUCGAAGUCUACGGAACUCCAUAUGGAAAAUUCAAAACCAACCUGCUACUGAAAAGUUUAGCCGAGCAUAGCAGUUCAUUUUUUUCUUAUAGCUGCGGAUCACUGACAGCUUCAUUGGUUGUGGAUGGCUUUCACGACACCUGCCUAUCCAGAUGUCACUGCGGCCACACGAACGAUGCCCUUGGAGGACCGAACUGGUUCAUGUUCGACAUGACUGCCCGUCACUUCAUUGAUUAUAUUGCUCUAACAACUAGAGGAUGGGAAGGUCCACCGGCCAAUAACAACCAACUCGCCCUUCGCACUGAAAACUUGACCAUCGGACUGACCGACGCAGGGCCACCCCCAGCGAAAAACAAUUAUCCAGUGUGCGGCAGAUGGCCUGGCCCCAUCAGACACGGUGGCAGAGUGGAAAUGAAAUGCAACGCCAACCUGCCCAAACAUAGAUAUCUGAUCGCACAGGGUAGUGCAACUGCUUCAGACGGACACUUCACUCUUUGCGAACUGGAGGCCUAUGAGCCCGCUGAUGAAAACUUGUUUGUGUGGAAAAGACAGUCAAACAAGACAUUGGUUGAUUUCCAAUUCAAGCAAUUGUACGUGAGGAGUGCAUUGGACUGCAUGCAUAAGUGCAAGCAACUGGGAGGAUGUGACUCCAUCAACUUCCAUCCAGCUUCUAAAAUGUGUCAGUUCAAUUCUCAUCUAAAGCUAAAAGCAAUCGUGUUAAGCGGAGAUACGAUGUUUAGGUUCCUAUGUAUGAUUUUCUUAGAAAUUUCAGCGGGCCAAGGUACUCUAACAAACAUAGCCCUUGGUACCUACACACGGAACAGUUCUGCCUUUGUAGCUGCCGAAGUGUUAACUUCAUACUUUGCGGUGGACGGUAGAAGCGGUCUGAAUGACAGUUCAGUGUUAUGUUCUGUGACGGUGCCCGGGUUCAAACCCCAUUGGAUCGGAAUCGACCUGGCAAGUUUGUUUUCAAUCAUCUACGUGGUUCUCUACGCUGGAGCAAAUGUUGCUGAAGUAAAAACAUGGAACUAUCUGAACUUCUUCAUAGUAGGAGUGAGCAACAGGUCCCUGGAUGUUCACCCGCCAGUGGGAGGCACCUACGAACUCUGUGCUCAAUAUCCAGGUGUGGUUGCUCCGAAGCAGGUGGUUCAGUUGAAUUGUUCCUCAACUACGCCUCCAGCCAGAUACGUCAUACUGCAACAACCUUCCAACUCUACUGGAUACAUGUCCGUCUGCGAGUUCGAAGUCUAUGGAAUUCCAUUCGGAGACCGCCGAGUAAAUUUAUUGCUAAAGAAGCCCGCUAAUCAAAGUUCUGCAAUAUCCGAUACUAUUUGUGGGUUAUACAUUGCAGCGAAGGUUGUGGAUGGAUUCCACGACACCAACCCAAUCCACUGCCACUGUGGCCACACUUUGGAGGGAGUUGGACAACCGAACUGGUACGUUUUCGACAUGGGAGGUAAAUAUCACAUCGAUUAUAUCGCUCUAACUGCUCGAAGAUGGGAUGGUAAUGGCUAUGAUGACCUAAUAUCCCACCGUCUGGACAACUUCAUAAUCGGACUGAACAACGUAGACAGCUCAACAUCAGCUCCACUGAGAAAUAAAUAUCCAAUGUGUGCCACAUGGCCCGGCUACGUCAAACAUGGGAUCAAAGUUGAACUGAAAUGCAAUGCCAACCUGCCAAAAUAUAGGUACCUGAUCGCACAGGGCAGUGCAACAGCUUCCGAUGGCUUCUUCGCCAUCUGCGAACUGGAAGCCUAUGAGCCUGUGGAUGAAAAUUCAUUCAGAUGGAAAAGAAAGUCAAACAUGGCAUUGGCUGGAUUCCAAUUCAAGCAGUUGAACGUGAGGAGUGCGUUGGACUGCAUGCAUAAGUGCAAGCAACUGGGAGGAUGUGACUCCAUCAACUUCCAUCCAGCUUCUAAAUUGUGUCAGUUCAAUUCUCAUGUUAAUGGCUACUACACCACCACACUUACGAGCGACACUAAUUGGACGUUUUAUACGGUCAAUUAUAGUUAA